UGUCGGACGCCAAAGCCAAUAACUUGGCUUGGGACGUUUUCAGUACAAUGACUCCCGACGCAAAACAUAACCCCCGAUCAAUCCUGGAUAACAUUGGAGAGUCCUAAGUGAUCGGGUCUUUUAUCAAUACAUUGAUUUCCGAUGAAGCUACGUUGCUUCGGACGUCGUCGUGAUUUACACUGUUGUUCUCCGAGCGCGCAGUUUGUGCGUCAAGAUGGAGUCGACCUGGGACAGUGAUACCGAUGUUCCGAAUGCAGAGGACAGAAUGGUGCCAUAUGAUUGUGAUGGAACGUAUAGCCCGGAUAAAUCUUCCAAGAUGGGCCUCAAUGGAUGUGGUAACUUCCUCAAGUACUCAAUGUUCCUGUUCAACGCCAUCAUCCUGGUCGCAGGAUGUGGGUUGCUAGGACUGGGAAUCUAUACCCGAACUAGUCAGACGGGGAUCACAAAGGUGUCGGCCAUCUUGGGCAGCAACCUCUACUCCAUACUGUCAUUGGCGCUUAUGGUCAUUGGGGGUGUGGUCAUAGUUCUCUCAUUCCUCGGAUGUUGCGGCGCCAUCAAGGAAGUCCGAUGCAUGCUGGUUACGUUCUUCGCCUUGCUGCUCGUGAUGUUCUUCGGACUAGUGGUGGGCGGAGUCCUCGUCUAUGCAUAUAGAGGCCAGAUUGGCGAACAUACGAUAAACGAGCUGUACCGGUCACUGAACUCAAGUUAUGGCAUGGCGGGAAAAGAUCCAGUAACAAAUGCAUGGGAUUUUAUGCAAAAAAUUUUCGGCUGCUGUGGAGUGGAUGGUGGCAUUAACUCAACGACGUCCUGGGCCUACUACAAGGAGAACAACCACGUCAGAUACUGUGGCACAAAAGAACAGCUCAGACAGGUAUCAGAAGGUACAUCCCCGACAGUUGCUGUAAAACACAGAUGUGUGAGAGACUCGUGUUCUCUGUUACGUGUUUGUUUAUUGUCACAGGUAUCAGAAGGUACAUCCCCGACAGUUGCUGUAAAACACAGAUGUGUGAGAGACUCGUGUUCUCUGUUACAUGUUUGUUUAUUGUCACAGGUAUCAGAAGGUACAUCCCCGACAGUUGCUGUAAAACACAGAUGUAUCAGAAGGUACAUCCCCGACAGUUGCUGUAAAACACAGAUGUCUGAGAACCUGACAAAAUGUACAGGACUGGACUACCCAAAGCUGUCACCAGCAGUCGGGCCUCCCGUUGUGGACAUUAACUUUAACGACCAGAUGUUUACAGAGGGAUGCUACACGAAGUUUUUUGCUUUCCUCGCUAGUAACGCCCGGAUACUUGGUGGGGUCGGCGUAGGUGUUGCCGCGUUGAUGGUCCUAGGGAUGACGUUUGCCCUGUGUCUGUGCCGCCGGAUAAAGGAUGACUAUUAUUUUGACUGACAUUAGACAACCAUCACUUUGAACCACACGGACCGCGCACCUUGCACGCAUUGUCAGUUGUCAUGGUUACGAACGUGUCAUUAGUAACGGUUUCAUCAAACUUGAGAAUCAAGUCAUUUCUUUCAUUACAGUGUAGACAGUCGAGCAGAAUAUAUUGAAGAAUAUCAUCUCCACACAUCCAGGGCAGACCGUGACAGUUGACGAUAUAGUAAUAUAUAGACUCAUCGAAAACAGUUUUAACGAAAACAGUAUUUAACAGAAACAAACUGAUAGAGAAUAUGGAAUUUGGGGAGUUGAUGAACGCAGUAUGUUUUGUGUGUUAUGUCUCUUUCCUGUAGUAAAAUAUAUGUACUUUAUAAAAAAAUGACCAAAUAUUAUUAGUAUCUUGAAUAUCAAUAUUUAGUAUUGUGAUUUUAUAAUAAUGUUUCAGUUAAGCAUUAUUCGAGGUGGGGGGAGGCGUUCAAGUUGUUGAUCAGUUAACGCAUAUAGCGUAUGUUGGCUUUCACCAUUGUUGAUUUGAGUUGUUGCUGGAGACCGACUGUCAUGUAUAAUCGGUAUAAUAUGUGAAAUGAUGGCAAUGGUGACACGGUUUCACGUUGACAACUAUUCGGGAACAUUUACUGCUAAAAAAAUUAGAGUCUUGUUUUAUGGUCAGAGAGUUAUUUUUCACAAUAUCUGUACUAUUUAAACCUUAAAUGGUUUCCAAAUCGUGAACCUAAAUGCCAGGAUUGUGGGCCAAUCCAUCUUAUUCUGAGACUACGAAGCAAAUAACGAACGUUAAAACUUUACAACGAUCAGCGUCAGUACAUCCUGUCUUGUUGUGGUUGCUAGCUCUGAAGUUGAUGAAUAUGCACUCGUUGAAGUUGUCGGUGUUAACCUCCAACGUGACAGACUGCCCAUCAGUGCGAAGUCGUCGUCACGUGGAAGACGUUGCCGCAACACCAACCACGGUCAGCAGCCGCGACAAGACGUGAAGGGCUUGACACCGGCAGUAUUUGGAAACAUCUAACGUAUUCGCUUUUGUCCAAUGAUCGUGUUCUCAAACAGCCCUAAAUGAAAAAUGAAGAAUUCACUUAAAGAUUCGUUAUUCAUGUGCUGAUAUCACAUACAGUCCUAGUGAUAUUACGUACGGUUAUGUUGUGGUUAUAUCAUGAGUAGAAGUAAUAUCAACACGAACGGUUGAAGUGAUAUCACGUGAUGUUACAGUGAUAUCUUUAUUAUGUUUUGCCUCUUUGCGACAGUUAUGUACAUAAUGUAAAUAAGCAAUGCCGUCCUAAUAUAGACAAAAUUUCUUAUCAAUGUAAAUAUUAUUUAUAUCGUUUGUAUCUCUGUGAAUAUUUCAUCCAUUGCUCAUGUUUGGCAUAGAGUGCGGUAGAUCAUACGUUGAGACGUCCCUACAGAGACAUCAGGUUUCUUGAAACGUCUCUGACACAGCCUGGAUAUUGCGACGUCAACACCGAAACGGUCUCUUUCUGUCAACGUCACCAGUGAGACGGCCUGUUUCUUUAAGACAACGCACUCAUUCGGCAUGUUUCUUGGUUUUCACACGUAAACUGAAGCGGUCUUAAGCUUUCAUCAUUAAAACAGCCUGUUACUUGAGACGACAAAAUUAAGAUGCCCUAUAUGCUGGUACGUCAUUACCGAGAUCCUAGAGGCAUGAUUUCAGACGGGCCAGGCUCAUUUACUUGACCCCAGAGAAACGUACACCCUCAUCGGUGAUUUGUAAUGGGAAUGCCAUUGUUACAUCAUGUCACAACGGGAAGAAAAAUUGGUGACAUUUCCUUAUGUAAUUCGUAUGUAAAUGUUACGUCCCCUUUAAGCGCUUGAUUAAUGUUAAUGAUUUCAUCACAUGGGUUGCACGUCUCGACUUGUUCCAAUAAAGUGCAUUACAAUGUCAUUUCACGCAGUCGUAGUGUCUUGUGUGGACGUGUAGGUGGUUGUGAUUAUAUGGUUGCUUCAUAUGCAUGACCACAUUGCUCGGGUAACCGAGGUGGGGACGGCGCUCAGUCAUGGACCAGGUCAUCCGUCAUGCGAGGAUAUUGUAGAUAAACAUUAUACACGACUGUAUACAUUUGUCACUCAAUGAAGAAGCUUCAACGCUGCCGACCAAGAUUAAACAACACUGUUGACCUAAGUUCUGCGUAAACAGUGCCAAGACAUUUGCACACAUUGUCACAGUAGUGCCAUAUUGGCACACACUUGUAACUGUUUAGUCACGGUAGAACUGCCAUGAUGUAUAGCUGUAUAAAGAAUGAUGUUUAGCUUUAGCAAGAAGUCAUCACAAUUACCAACAAUUAGUUAGCUCUAUGAAAUGGAUCGGAACUCUCCGAACAGAUCUCAGAUAUUUAUGUUUGUUUGGGAAAUAAAUUCAGUGCUUUUUAUUA